UUCAAGAAGCGGGUAUAUGAAAGUCCGAAAAUGUCAAGUCUCAGCUCACGAAGUUCUCGCCGCAGGGGUGCAACAAACGAUGAACAGUUGUCAGGUGACCUGUUAAGUGCUGGGACCAUGUUUGAACGAACUGGGGAAUGAAGUCGUACACGUGGGAGAACACGGCGUAAUCGGUCAGGACACACCGAGCCUACAAGCAAUGCAGAACCCACAUCCGGUCUUCGUACAUCCGAAGUGGAGCCGGGUAGUCCUUUAUCAUACAGCGAUAUGUCUAGUGUGGCGACUGGGGUCGAAGAUGUUUUGAGUUCAGUUCGACCUGGUGUCAAUGAUGAACUGGCUGUUCGUGCUGUUUUGUCUCAAUCUGGACCUCUUGUUCCCGCAACAGGUGUCCCUGGUACUACUGAUGGGUCGACUGCUAGUGGACCUCAGACUGUAAUAUGGGGUACCGAUGUAAACAUUGCUCAAGUGAUGUCAAGAUUUAAACACUUCCUAUUGACCUACAUCCCUCCAGACUUAACCGGUCAACCGAAUCUAACAACAGGUCAAUCCAUAAAUCCACAAAGACCUCUUUAUAUCCAACGAAUGGAAGAUCUUGCAAUAUCAGGUUCGACUGCCUUAGACAUUGACUGUGAACAUCUUCGUUCUGCCAGGCCAGAUUUGUAUACGCAGUUGGUAACAUUUCCGAAGGAAGUUAUUUCAGCAUGUGAUGCUGCUACACACGCCUUAUUUUUAGACCGUUUUCGGGAAGUCCAGUUGGAAAGAUCAAUACAGAUUCGUCCAUUCAAUUGUGCAAGAUCUCGAGAUCUACGCAGUCUUGAUCCAGAUGAUCUUGAUCAACUUGUAACUGUCUCUGGUCUUGUAAUACGUUUAUCCCCGCUCAUCCCUGAAAUGAUGCGUGCAGAGUUCAAAUGUGCCAUCUGUGGUGCAAUGACAUCUGUUCCAUGUGAACGUGGUCGUAUUGCAGAACCAGAAGCGUGCAUACGUUGUCAUUCGGCUCACACAGCUCAACUACAACAUAAUCGAUGUUUAUUUGUGGAUAAACAAAUGAUUAAAUUACAGGAAUCUCCAGAAAAUAUGCCUGCUAGCCAGACUCCUCAUACAGUACUUAUGUAUGCUCACGAAGAACUUGUUGAUAAAAUUCAACCGGGUGAUCGUGUUAUCGUUACGGGUAUUUAUAGCGCAAUACCACUGCGAAUGUCUAACCGAAAACGUACUCUUAAGGCGGUUUACAAAACAUAUAUAGAUGUUCUUCAUUUUCUCCGAGAAGGCGAUGAUCGAGUUCAAAAUGAUGGGCUCGCUACUGACGAAAAUACUAUUGAGGAAGCACAUAUUUUACGUCAAUUCACGGAGGAACGUAUUGAAGAAUUUCAUACAUUGGCUCGUAAACCUGAUUUAUAUGAACGACUUGCUGCUGGUAUCGCACCAACAAUUUAUGAAAACGAAGAUAUUAAAAAGGGUAUUCUCCUACAAUUAUUUGGUGGUACACGUAAAGACUUCAGUGCUAAAGGACGUGGUGAUUUUCGUUCUGAAAUCAAUAUACUUUUAUGUGGUGACCCAGGUACUUCAAAAUCUCAACUUCUGCAGUAUGUAUACCGUCUUACUCCUCGUGGUCAAUAUACUUCUGGCAAGGGAAGUUCUGCUGUUGGUUUAACGGCCUACAUUACAAAAGAUGCAGAAACGCGUCAAUUAACACUGCAAACUGGAGCAUUAGUGUUGGCUGAUAAUGGGAUAUGUUGUAUCGACGAAUUCGACAAAAUGUCCGAUUCAACUCGUUCUGUACUACACGAAGUAAUGGAACAACAAACUUUAAGUAUUGCUAAAGCUGGUAUUCUUUGUCAACUUCAUGCUAGGACUUCAAUUUUAGCAGCUGCUAAUCCAAUCGGUUCUAAAUGGGAUCCUAGCAAAACGAUUAUUGACAAUAUACAGUUACCUCAUACUCUUCUAUCAAGAUUCGACCUCAUUUUUCUCAUAUUGGAUCCACAAGAUGAAGUUUAUGAUACAAGAUUAGCCAGACAUUUGGUUGGGUUGUAUUAUCGUGGUACUUCUCCAAGUCAGAUUGAUAGCAGUCAGGAUAUUCCAACCAACAGUAAUAAUAAUACUCGAGGUACACGUAGACCGCGUCCAGGAGCUGUUCUACUGGACAUGGACAGUCAAACUGAUGAUGAUCCAUCAUUUGUAAACGGGAGACUCUUGAAGGAUUAUAUAGCCUAUGCUAAGAUGAAGUACUUUCCCAAACUAACGGAAGAAGCCGGUGAAUAUUUAGUUCGUGAGUAUGUAGAAAUGCGAAAACUGGGUUCAGGUCGUGGACAGAUAUCCGCAUAUCCUCGUCAACUUGAAUCACUUGUACGUUUAGCUGAAGCUCAUGCUCGUUUACGAUUAUCAAAUCAUGUUACGGCUGAUGAUUGUCGUGAAGCUCGACGUUUACAACGUGAAGCGUUAAAACAAGCAGCUAUUGAUCCGCUUACUGGUACUAUCGAUAUCAAUAUUUUGACAACAGGUAUCAGUAGUAGUGUACGUAAACGACGUGAAGAAAUGGCAAUGGCAAUAUGGUCACUUCUUGAAGAACGUCCUCGUGUAUUAACUUUUGUUUAUUCACGUGUACUAGAAGAUUUACGUGCACGUUCUGAACGUAUGAUUACACGUGAAAAUUUUGAAGAUGGAUUAAAUUUCUUAAAAAAUACAAAUAAAAUUGAUUGGGCCGGAAAUACUAUACGUAAACGUUAGAAAAACAACAACUUUUAAUUGUCUUUUUUUGUAUGCAAUUGUUUUCUAUUCG